AUGGCAGAUGUCUUUCAGGGCAGCGACGAAUUGACUUAUGCAUCAAGUGUCCCUACUGAUAGACAGACUAGAUAUACGCAUUGGAAAAAAAAUACGAAAUUGCUCUACGAUUACCUCAACACAAACUCAACGAAAUGGCCGUCUUUGACUUGCCAAUUUUUCCCUGACCUCGAUAAAACAAAAGAUGAACACAGAAUACUGUUAUCUUCAUUCACCUCUUCUCAACUACCUGAAGAUGAGUCUGUUUAUGUUGCACGAUUUUCCUCCCUUAAGCAUGUUCCGUGGAGCUCUCUUACCAACUUCGAUAUGGAAGAGAUGGAAUUCAAAAUGGACAACUCAGUAAAGCUACCAUCCAAGAAUUUGCAGGAUGACCUGGAAAUAAAGUUUCCUGCUGGGGAUUGCAAUAGAGCUAGAUACUGUCCACUAAAUCCAGAUAUAGUGGGAACUGCGUCCUCCAACGGCUCUAUAUACAUCUUUGAUAGAACAAAGCACGGAUCUGCAAGGCAGAAAUCAAUAUCAGGUGGCGAGUCUCCCUUCGAAAUCGAAUGUAAUCUAACUCAAGCUGUUGAAGACCAGGACAAUGAGGUCGUAUCAAUCGCUUGGAACUGGCAACGCGAGGGCCUAUUAGCAGGGUGCUAUUCGAAAGGUAAACUGGGAGUUUGGGAUCUUACAAAGUACAACAGCAAAUCUCCGUCAUUUUCUAGCCCUGUACAUUUAAUGCAAGUGGACAAUAAGGGCUGUAAUGAUGCGUCAUGGAUGGUACACCAUGACUCGUUACUUGCAUGUUGCGGCGAUGAUAAUGUUUUAGGAUUAUUGGACAUUAGAACAGCCAAGCGAACUGUCCAAAGUCAAUCUAAUCAUCAUGAAAAGGGAAUAAAUGCUUGCCAGUUUAAUUAUCAACAAGAUAUGCUACUGGCUUCAGCAGACGCAUCAGGGAAAGUGAAUCUCUGGGACAUUAGGGACUUCUCUGAACCAAUAAAAACAUGGGAACACGGGAACUCUAUAUCAGCACUUCAGUGGAAUCCUCAUAUUAGCACCGUGAUAGGUACGGCCGAUCAAACGGAUGGUUUAGUUAAACUGUGGGAUAUUUCCCAGCCCACGGACGAAGAACUCAUUUUUACGCAUGGCGGUCACAUGCUAGGCGUAAACGACAUAAGCUGGAAUCUCCACGACCCCUGGCUCAUAUGCAGUGUUUCUAACGAUAACUCUGUACAGAUAUGGAAACCAGCCAACACUUUAGUAGCUGUUGUAUAG